UUCAGAAAUCAGUUCCUUUUUCCCCAUCAAUGAGAUUUACAUUUUACUGAUAUUGUUUUAAACUCUCAAUAAUUAAUCAAGGAAAGGUUGUGAAGUUAAUAACCAAAGUGUUAAGUGAGAUUAUUACUCAUUAGUAAGCUCAAUCUUAUAGGAUCAGGCUGUUUUAUAUUCUUGACUAUAUUAAAAGAUUUAAAAUAUUUAUUCAAUCAGGAAUUGUAUUCAAAAGUCCCUGUUUCAAGUUUUUAAUUCUCAAGAUUAUGAUUAGUUACAAACUUUUCAGAACACCGAAUUAAGUAAUAGAAAGAAAUAUGGCACACUCAUCAGUCUCAGGAAACUCUGUAAAAAGCGGUUUGAUUGAUUUUACCGCUGGUUCACUCGGCGGGGUAGCUGUGGUUUAUGUUGGUCAGCCAUUGGAUACAGUAAAAGUUAAAAUGCAAACAUUCCCACACCUAUAUAAUGGUAUGGUAGACUGCUUGAAACAAACAUUUAAAAAUGAUGGUGUUAUAAGAGGUCUAUAUGCAGGAACAACUCCUGCUAUAAUGGCUAAUGUAGCAGAAAAUUCAGUUUUGUUUGCUGCCUAUGGAUACUGCCAAAAAUUUGUUUGUAAAGUCACUGGCACAGAGAAAGUAGAGCAACUAUCCACAAUGGGCAAUGCCUCGGCUGGGUUCUUGGCUGCAUUCUUCUCAUCAUUUACCCUCUGUCCUACAGAACUGAUCAAGUGCCAGCUGCAAGCAAUGAGAGAAGUUAAUGUGCAGGGUUCACAAACAGUUAUGAAGAUAACACCAUUACAAUUAACACAGCAGAUAUUUAGGGAUUAUGGCAUUCAAGGACUUUUUAGAGGUUUAGUGCCGACAAUAAUGAGAGAAAUGCCAGGAUAUUUCUUCUUCUUUGGAGGAUAUGAAGGUACGAGAGAGUUUCUAGCUAAGCCGGGCCAGUCGAAGGAUGACAUCGGUUUCCUAAAGACAAUGGUAGCUGGUGCAGUGGGUGGCUGUGUGCUAUGGACCGUAAUAUUUCCAUCUGACGUCAUCAAAUCUCGGAUACAGAUAUCGAACAAGAAACAAAAAUUCCUUACAGUUGGAAUGGAUAUUGUAAGAAAUGAAGGUGCUCUGGCCCUAUUCAACGGAUUAAAACCGACACUGGUGAGGACAAUACCAGCCACCGCAGUACUCUUUGUGAUAUAUGAAUACUCGAAGAAAUUCAUGCAUCAAUCAUUCGGGGACUGAUUUUAUUAUUGUUAUAAUCUGUAUAUAAUAUAUGUAUGUUAUGGAUUGGUUAA